UUCGGAUACAAGGCUGGUGAAUAUCACCAGUUGUUCCUUCAGAAAUGCAAAACGGCGGCUGGAGAUGGAUGAGUCUGACAGAGAGAGUGGGAAUCGCGGGUCCAAACGGCAGAAGGCCGAUGUUUCAGCUCCGAGCCCUGCGAUUGGCUCUGAAGCCGUCUCUCCCGUGCGGCCGGGAGGGAGCCGCCACGACGCGUCUCUGGGCGUUCUGACCCAGAAGUUCUUCCAGAUGAUGGACCGGUCUGCGGAUGGAGAGGUGGAUCUGAACCAGGCUGCGGAGAUGCUCGAUGUCCAGAAGAGACGCCUGUAUGACAUCACUAAUGUGCUGAAGGGCAUCCACCUCAUUAAGAAGACGCUGAAGAACAAGGUCCAGUGGGUAGGCCGCAGAGCGCCGGGAGCCCAGGGUGUGCUGAGCCGCUGUCACGCCCUGAGGCGAGACCUGACGUUGCUUGUCCAAGAGGAGGCGACGCUGGACCGGCUCAUCCAGGGCAGCAUCCGGAGCAUCAGGCAGAUGGCAGAGAACAGCAGCCUCCAGAAAUUGGCGUAUGUGACCUCUCAAGACAUCCGGCUGAUCGGAAGCCUUGGAGAUCAGACUGUGCUGGUGGUGAAAGCCCCCUACGAGACCAAGCUGGAGUUACCUGCCAUGCAGGAGAGAUUUCAGAUUCACCUAACCAGCACCAAGGGGCCCAUUAAUGUGUUCUUGUGCCCGGAUGAGAUUACGGCCAGCGGUCUCCCGGAGAGCGUCGUGAACGGGAAUGUACCGGUCCCUGAAGGUCAGCUCCCUGCUGCAAACCGCUUCACUGAAACUGAAAAACCCGCCUGUCUCACAGGAACAUCACUCGAGUCAGACUGUUCCACCCGGCAGAUGUGGGGGGGACCUGGUAUCCCCCCUGUCAGCUCUGAUGGGCUGUUCGUCACGCUUUCGGCGCCCAGCAGCACACAGUACCUCCCCAUCCUGGAGGACGACAAGGGGAUCAGCGACCUCUUCAACUUCGAGCGACAGCCAUUGGACAGCCACCUCUGAGAAGGGUGCCUUUCAAGAUGGGCUCAGGGCAGGGCCAGGUUCUCAGGUUCUCCAUCUAAGGUGCUCCCUCUCUCCUGUUUGCGGCGUUCUGCACCCUUUCUAACCUGGUUGCAGAACUCUUUGCUGAUUGGGCCUACGAAGACACGUGUGUUUCGCUAACACGUGUUGUCACCAGCAUUGAUCUGUUUGGUACCAGAGCGGCAUAUUGUGACACGUUUGAGGGAGCUGUAUGGGGUGUACACUGAAACCACUUGAGAACCUGACCAGCCUCCCUCCACCCUCCUUUUGAGAUUUCCCAGCAUCCUUUUAAUCGGGAGCAGUCUUGGAGUCAGUGUUUUGGCUGGCUCCCAGAUCCUCAGGUGGGCGUGGUUUAAAUGUCAUAUGACCAUAGAGGACCCAAUGAGCCGGCGGUCUCUACACAACAUCUAUCUGCAUAACAUGUGAUGUAUAUGUGACAAGGCUCAGUCUCUAGGCUGGCAUAGACUGGCAUUUCACCCCUUGAGGUAAAGUCACGCUUGUUUGAUUAAUUUCAUCUACCGCGCUUCUGUUUUGUUUUGUUAGGUGAAAAGUAGUGUUAUAAUUUGUCUCUCUGGUCUGUGUUGUGGAAACGAUGCACUUGUUUAAUGGAUUUUUAUUUUUGACCCACCGUUGUGGGUUCACAGUGAUGAAGACAAGAUUAUUUGAACUUCUGACAAGAAUGCACGGCAUUCUGCUUCUAUGUUAGUCUUAGAAAUAUGUUGUGCCUGUAGAUGCUAAUCAUUUGUUAAUAAACAUCCAUCCAUCCA